AUGGCCACACGCCUGCCAUCCCUUUCCCAUGUGGCGUCCUCGUCGGCGGUCGAAGUCUCGUCCUCUUCCGCAUUGCCCGCCCUCCAACGCCCUCCGAUGGCAAAUGCGACAGCUCCAAAUGACUCAGAAAACGUGAAGCUGGAGGACUCGCCAACGCCUGUUGAUGUAGCAUCCAAUUCAGUCGAUGCGCAUGCGCUAGAAUCGAACCCCGCUGAUAAUAACUCCAACAAUAGCCCUAGUCCUGCAACAACUGCUGCGGGCCGAAAACGCAAGCUGAAUAGUGUUUCCGCACGCGGCGUCGCCAACCUCACCCCCGAUCAACUUGCGAAGAAGCGGGCCAACGACCGCCAAGCUCAACGGGCAAUUCGUGAGAGGACGAAAACACAUAUUGAUGGUCUGGAGCAACAGGUUCGCGAGCUCUCCUCGCAAAAGCCUUUUCUGGAUCUCCAGGCUGCGCUGAAGCAAAAUGAAGCUAUAUUGGCUGAGAAUAAGGAGCUCCGGCAAGGAUUGAGGGCCAUUGUGGAUACCAUUCAACCGCUGCUGGGGAAGCAGGACCCAUUAAAUCUUCCAGCGACAACACCUGCAACGGCUAGGCCGCCAGCUCCUAUUAUACCCUCGGCUUCGCCUUCUUUGGAUAACCAUGUUUUGCCGUCAAAUUCUCACAGUUCCGCGACAGUUGACCGUGCAUAUACCGAAUCCGUUGCAAGCGUGGAUACGCCAUCGUCCACCCACUCAGCACCGACAUUAGGCUCGCGCCGCGACAGUGCCACGGGAAAUAACCCGUCUUUGCGACUCGCAUUCGAUUAUCAACGGCACAACUUGAUUCAUGGACUUGAUUUUGGUGGCGAUGAAAGAAUGGGCUUCAAUUUCUUGCUCGAUUCAUCACAGCAAGUGCCCAAGGUGGAAGGUUUUCGUCGUCCAUCAGAGGUUGGCAAGUCGCAAGCAGGCAUCCCGUCGACUUAUAAUACCCUCCCGCCACUUGGUACCAUGACAGACCAACCACUGCCAGCCUACAUGACCCCUGUUCGUAAUAUCGCUCCGACAUGCACGCUAGACGCAAUUCUACUCGAUUUCCUUCAUAACCGACAACGGGAGGCUGCGAAAGGAGUACCGAAGCAGAAGCUGGUUGGGCCAGCAUAUCCGAGUGUCUCCUCGUUGCUUAAUCCAGAGAGGAGUGUUUAUUCCCAUCCUCUCUCCAAAGUGUUUACCGACAUUCUGCGCACAUUCCCAGAUAUCUCCUCACUUCCUGAACAGCUCGCGGUGCUUUAUGGUAUGUUUCUCUUGAUGCGGUGGCAGAUAUACCCCACAGCUGAGAAUUACCACCGUUUGCCUGACUGGCUAACUCCGCGGCCCUCGCAACUUCUCACACCACAUCCGGCAUGGAUUGAUUAUCUUCCCUGGCCGCGGAUGCGCGAUCGUCUUGUCAUGUCUUACCAUGAGUACCCAUUUGAGAACUGGUUUAUCCCAUUUACCAAUACACUCUCCGUCAAUUGGCCUUAUGAAGCCACAGACUGUCUUCUCUCAGCUGGCGAUACUGACGAAUUGAUCAUCAAUCCUGUUUUCGAGAGGCAUUUCUCCGAUAUAAAUAACUGGACUCUAGGCCCGGCAUUUGCCGAGGACUUCCCACGGUUAGUCGAAACUACAAAGAUCAAACCCGCGCCAUGA